AGCGCAGCAUUGUGGGACCAGAUCCCCGCGGUGACUGCGCUCGGGCGAGCAGGCCGCGGCCCCGCUAUUCGCCGGUCCAGAGGAGAGUGCCACUGUCGCUGCGGCGUGGAACCUGUGAGGCACAGUGGCGGCCCCGGGUUCGGCGCGCAGUGACCCGAUUCCGCGCGACCGGAACAUCGCCGGACAGGUGCCAUCACAGGCUUGUGGUCACGGAUGCUGUAGACCAGUGUGCAGAAGGGGACCAUCUGAGCUUGAAAGGGAUGGACCACUGUCAGGCUGAAAGAUUGGGAGCCACUUUCACACCAUAUCCAACACCACAUGUAGCACUUACACAUACGCUGAUGCUCCUUCAUUAGUGAAUCUAGAGAAUGACAAAAUGAUAGUAGAGGAAGUUUUCUAUAAUGGAAGCUCAAAAAUACAGCACCUGAAAUGAAAGACUUUUGUAGAGUCCUCAGGAGGCACAGAAGCAGGAACUAAGCACACUAACACAGCUGAACCUUCACAGUUCCAUACACUCUCCUGGCAGCUGCAGAAAUGAGCGUAUCUCAGGUGUCAGUGUCAUUGGAGGAUGUGACUGUGGAGCUCAGCCAGGAGGAGUGGCAACACAUGGGCCCUGCUCAGAGGACCCUGUACAGAGAUGUGAUGCUGGAGCUCUAUAGCCACCUUGUCUCUGUGGGGUCAUGCAUUACCAAACCCGAGGCAAUACUCCAGUUGGAGCAAGGAGAAGAGCCACGGUCUUUGGAGUAUAAAUUCCUAAAUCAGAAGCAUGCAGGAUACUACAAAGUUGAAGUCCACAUACAGGGAAAUCAGGAAAGACAAGAGAUGUCUUCAACACUGACUAAAGGACAGAAAGUUUUAGGAAAACCAUUUAAUCUGGGCAUAGCUUCAGAUUUUUCAGGAAAAAUACUCUGUAAAUGUGACUCAUGUGGCAUGAACCUUCCAGUUAUUUCUGAGUUCAUUAUUACUGAAGGAAACUGUUCAAGAAAGGAGGCUGAUUCCAUGAAUGUGUGUGGAAAAUUGCAGCUUGAUAUUAAACUUGAGGAAACUCACACUGAAGAGAAAUCUUAUGAGUAUAAUAAAAAUGAGAAAGCUCUCGGUUAUAAAAAAGAUCUUCAUCAAAAGUUUCAAACCUUAGAGCAGUCUUUUAAACACAGUGUGUUUGAAAAAAAUGUAUGUGAUAAGACUGUCUAUAUUAAAGUUCAGAGUUCUUCAAUAGGAAAUAAGUCCUGUGAGGAUGAUGAAUUUAGGAAAACUUGUGAUAAAAUAGCUCUAUUUGAACAUAGGGAAUCUGAUCUAAUGGAGAAAUAUUCUGAUCUUAAUGAAUAUGGGGGAUCCUGCAACAAAACCACUAUCAUGAAAUACAAUAAAUUUCACGUGCCUGUGAUAACACAGAGUGAAUAUAAUGAAGAUGGUAUUAAUUUCAGUGCAAAGUCACCCUUCAUUCUAUCUCAGAGACUUGUUACAAGACAGAAGGCUGUAGACAGUAGUAAAUGUGAAGAGAACAUGGGUCACAGCCCAUCCCAUAAAGUAUAUCCUGAAAAACAAAGUGACAGUAAUAUCUUUGAAUAUAAUGGAUGCAUAGAUACCUUAUACCAGAAAUUAGAUCUUACAGUACAUGACAAAACACCAGAAAAACAUGCCCAAUGUGAUCUGUAUGGAAAAUGUGAGAAAUCUUUUUCUCAGAAAGCAUAUAUCAUUUGGCAUCAGAGGACGCACUCGAGAGAGAACACUUAUAAAUAUGAGAAAUCUGGGAUAUUAUUACACUCACAGUCAUACUCUGUUCAGCAUACUGGAGACCAGAUGGAGUUCAAACUCUGUGAAUGCAAUACAUGUGGGGAACCUUUCUGUCAGAAGUCAAACAACCUUGAGCAUCUGAAAAUUGGCUGUGGAGAAUCUUGCACCUUUCCUGUCAUGGGACAGCAGAGAACAGACACAGAGAUGAGACUUUUUCAAGACAGUGAUUAUGGAGAAACCUCUAUGAUGGGAUACGUCAAAGAACGUCAGAGAGUUCCUAGAGGAGAGAAACCCUGUGAACGCUUUGACUGCGGGAAAACUGUUGCCAAGCCAUCUCAUCUCAGAGCACAUCAGAGCACUCACACAGGUGAAAAGCCCUAUGGAUGUUUUGAAUGUGGCAAAACGUUUUCUCACAAGACACAUCUCAGUGCACAUCAGAGAAUUCAUACAGGAGAAAAACCUCACGAUUGUAAUGAAUGUGGAAAAGCAUUUGCUGAUAAUUUAAUGCUUAGAGCUCAUCAGAGAAUCCAUACGGGAGAGAAACCCUAUGAAUGUAAUGAAUGUGGGAGAUCUUUUGCCCAUAUUUCUGUUCUCAAAGCACAUCAAAGAAUUCACACAGGAGAAAAGCCCUAUGAGUGUAAUGAAUGUGGGAGAUGUUUUACCUAUAAUUCAGCUUUCAGAGCACAUCAGAGGGUUCACACAGGGGAGAAACCCUAUGAAUGUAAUGACUGUGAGAAAACAUUUGCCCAUAAUUCAGCGCUCAGAGUACAUCAAAGAGUUCACACAGGAGAGAAGCCAUAUGAAUGUAAUGACUGUGAGAAAACUUUUGCCCACAAUUCAGCUCUCAGGGCACAUCAGAAAAUUCACACAGGGGAGAAACUUUACGAAUGUCAUGAAUGUGGGAAAACUUUUUCCCAGAAAACACACCUUGUUACCCAUCAGAGAAUUCAUACUGGGGAGAAACCCUAUGAAUGUAAUGAAUGUGGAAAAACUUUCUCUCAGAAAUCAUACCUCAGUGGUCAUGAAAGAACUCACACAGGGGAAAAGCCCUAUGAAUGUAACAUAUGCAGGAAAACUUUUGUCUAUAAGGCAGCUCUCAUAGUGCAUCAAAGAAUUCACACAGGGGAGAAGCCCUAUGAAUGUAAUGAAUGUGGGAAAACUUUUUCCCAAAGAACACACCUCUGUGCACAUCAGAGAAUUCAUACAGGGGAAAAACCCUAUGAAUGUAAUGAAUGUGGGAAAACUUUUGCUGAUAACUCGGCCCUCAGGGCACAUCACAGAGUUCAUACAGGGGAGAAACCCUAUGAAUGUAAUGAAUGUGGGAAAACUUUCUCCAAGACAUCCCACCUUAGAGCCCAUCUGAGGACCCGCACAGGGGAGAAACCCUAUGAGUGUAAUGAAUGUGGGAAAACAUUCUCUGAGAGGUCAUAUGUUAGUGCACAUCAAAGAGUUCAUACAGGGGAAAAGCCUUACGAAUGUAAUACAUGUGGGAAACAAUUUGCUUAUAAUUCAACUCUCAGAGUACAUCAGAGGAUUCACACAGGUAUUAAAUCCUAUGGUUGUAAUGCGUGUGGGAAAACCUUCUCCCAGAAAUCACAUCUUCAUGCACACCAGAGAACUCACACUGGAGAGAAACCCUAUGAGUGUAAUGAGUGUGGUAAAGCCUUUGCCCAAAAUUCAACUCUCAGAGUGCAUCAGAGAAUUCAUACAGGGGAGAAACCCUAUGAAUGUGAUAACUGUGGGAAAACUUUUGUUCGAAAAGCAGCUCUUAGAGUACAUGAAAUAAGAAUGCAUACCAGAAAGAAAACCCUAAUGUUUAAUAAAUUUGAGAAAUUGUGAAGGAACUCAUACUUUAUAUAACAGCAGAAAAAUCAUAUCACAUGCACUGUCUUGACAAAAUUUCUCUUGUUCACAUGAGACUGGCCAUGGAAUGUGCUAUUAAUGACACAUUAAGAUGAGCUCUUAAAUUACAUUACAUUCUUUUCUUGUGCAUUUUAAGAUUGAAGGUGGUUGCACAGUCAAUUUGACCAGUGUGUUGUGAACAUAGUAGAGCACAAAGUGAAAGAAAUGAGUGAAUAAAUGGAAGAGAAUUCUCCACUUUCAUUUAUCACUUUAUUUUUAUGCAAGAACGUUUGUAUUUACUGAACUCUGUUUUAAAGAGAAAAAAAUUAAAAAUAAUAAAAGUUAAAACAGCU